GUACAUAAUCCUGUUAAGAACCUCCGAAGGAUGUUUACUUGUUAGCGGUUGGCAAGACACGGCACAAAGUACCCGCCAAACCCAAAAAUGUUUGCAACAUCUUCCUCGUCCGUUACAGUCCCAACUCUUGUUGUCCCACACUCCUCAAUCGUUCCUCCAUUAUCAACCUCCAAAACUCCUCACAAUUCCUCUAACCCCAUAAUAAACCGCCGGAACCUCCUCACUAUCUCCAUCUCUAUCUCUGUCACCACCCCUUUUACUCAACCCAAUUCUCUAGCUCCACCGGUCGCAGAUGCCCGUGGCCUCUUCCAGAUGCCCCCAUUUCGGCUCACCAAUAGGUAUUUUUUGGUGAGGGCUGGGGAGUCUGAGUAUGAGAGCUUGGGAAUCAUUAAUACAAAUCCAGUUGCGAAGACUUCAAUGGAUAGUGGGUUGUCAGAGAAAGGGAAGAAGCAGAUUGUUCAGGCUGCAUUUGAACUUAAGGCAAUGGGGGCUUGUGAAAAAGGAUGUUGGAUUUGGCCUUCAAUUACUCAAAGAGCUUACCAGGCAGCUGAGAUCAUUGCAUCAGUUAAUGGGGUCAGUCGAAGUUAUAUAGUCCCAGAAUACAGCUUUCUGGAUGCUCGUGGAUUGGGAGCUUAUGAAGGAAAAAACUUGGAAUCCGUUUCAGAAGUAUAUGCAUCAGAUGGUAUUUCUACAACCAUCAAGCCUCCUCCUAUUGAUGAUGGAACCCCAAAUGAGAGUGUUGCAGAUGUAUUUGUUCGGGUAACACAACUCAUGUCGAUUCUUGAGACUCAAUAUUCUGGUGACACAGUUAUUAUUGUCUCACCAGACUCUGAUAACUUGACAAUCCUUCAAGCUGGUUUGGUUGGACUUGACCUGCGAAGGUAACUGGAUAGUCCACAGCUCUUCUUAUGGCAUCGGGAUCUUUCUUUUGGCCCCGGUGAAGUCCGAUUUGUUGACACCAAAAGCAUUCCUACUUACAAGCAGCCUGCAUCUGCGGUGUAUAAAUGUUACAAUCCACCAAAUUGUAAUUAAUUUUUUCCUCUUGUUGUAAUUAGUAUUUAAGCAGGGGUGAUAGAUGUGGCAGAUUGUCUACAUCUUCUCUAUUGGUUAUCAUCAUCACUGUCAUCUGUACAGGCCUUUCUCAUUUAUACAUUGGAAAUUCUAUAGAAUUAAUAAAUUUAAAAUAUGGGCUUAAUACU